UUUAGUUGGAUGAUUUAGUGCUGAUAAGGUUUUGUAUUUUGCUCCUCCCUCACACUCAAGUUGAAACAGGUUAGUAUAUUCAGGAGUGUACAUACUGGAGACAGUGAAUUAGAACAACUCCGCUGUCUAUUUGCCAAGGAUUACUGUGGAACUGCUCUAAAAAUAGUUUAUAUUUCCCCUGCCUGAAUACUUCAUUUGAAGCUUUUUUAACUUAAGGACACAAUUUACAUAAACAGGACCAAAGAAACAAUAGGAAAUACUCCAUUCCAUUGGAGAUGGAAAGCAAAGAUGAAGUCAGUGAUUCUGAUAGUGGAGUCAUUCUCCAGUCAGGGUCAGACAGUCCUCAAUCAACGAUGAAAGAUCGGUGUUGUUCGGUUAUGUUACGUAAGCAGAUGCUGGAAGAAUCACUUGAGGCCUGUUUAAAUGAACUGAAGCAACUCUGCUUACGUGAAUCUGAGUUGACAGGAUAUUUGCCAAAAGAGUAUCCUUUAGCCGAAGGAGAAAAACCACCCACUGUCCGCCGACGUAUUGGUACAGCCUUUCAGCUGGAUGAACAGACAAUUGCUUGCAAAGGAGAGGACUCUGAACUUGACUGUCUGGAGCGAGAUUUUGCCUUGCAAUUACAGUUUGUGGAGGCAGCCAAGCGCCUUUCUCAAGAAGGAAAUUUAAGCAGGCACAUAAGAAAACAAAGAAAACAUGCCUAUAAAAAAGAACAAAUUAAACUUAAUGCAAUCAAAAAUGCUAUAAAUAAUCGUAAAGCUAUAAUUGGUGGAAGAACAGCACAGUUAAGUAAUAUGGUUGACGAACAGAGUGCAUCUGAUGACAGCUCUCUGGAAGAUGAUGUAAGACAGAUCCACAGCCGUUGUUCAUCGACAGAAUUCUUGUCAGCUACUCAUGAAGUGCAGAGGAGUAACUCACCACUGGCUCUUCUACAGUCCAGCAGACCAGCUCCACCCCAAAGUCUGGAAGGACUUGCUCCAGGCUGUUAUCAGGGCAGUGACUAUGACAGAUCGCCCAUCAUGGACAGAGCCUGGGCAGAAUCUAAUCUGGAUGAACCAUAUGAGAAAAUGAAAAGACGUUCAUCUUUAAAUUGCAAGACAAGCAGUCCAGUGGUGACCCCAUCAGAAUCUGGUCUGAGUGAUAUCUCCCCUUUCCAGCAUUUUCAAAUGAGGAGCAGUCCCUAUCAGAAUCACAUCUCAGCAAGUGCACCAGCAACACCAGAAAUGAGAGGACGUAUCCCCCAUCCAGCAGGCAGAUAUAUGGAUGUGAGCCCUGUUCCAGCAACUCCUGAUCAAAGAGGUCGCAGCAUGCAUCCCCAGAGGAGAACGUCAAAUUAUACUAUUAUUGUGCCAGAUUAUCGUGCUGGUGGGAAUAAAGCCAAUGGGAGUUUACACAUGAGGCCCUAUUCUUUGAGUGGAUAUGCCAGCCCAGAGCCUAAUUGCUCUGGAACCUCAACUCCAACAUAUAGACCAUCACAUCUUAACUAUAAUGCUGCAGUACCCAGAUAUUGGCAAAUGUAUAAUUUGGUUGAAAACAUGGAAACACCUGUCUUACCAGGUAAAGGAUUUUACCGGUAUAAUCCAAGCCAACCUUUCUCACAUUAUAGAGCAAUUGAUCACAGAGAGGGAAAUGCAAUGGGUCAUAUGUGGGAAAAUCACCCUAAUCAACAAUAUAGUGGUGUACAGUACUUCAACUCACCACUGUACAAAGACUACCAAUACAGCGAUGAGAAAAAUUCACUGACAGUGCAGCGAAUUACUCCAUCUCACUGCAGGAUCGUACGGACUCCCUCACUAAAAGAAUACCCUAACAGAGGCUUGCUAAGGGAUGUUGUAUCAGAAGAGUUACAGUCAUGGCAUGAGAGAACCAGGCAGAGGAAUGGACGGCCUCACUCUCUGGACAGGCAGUGUGCCUUCCAUGGACCACGUGCUCAGGGCAGAAAUCAGGCGCAGUACAUGCGUUGGCCAGCACUCACUUUGCAGAGACCCAUGCCUCACUGGUUCAUAGAACGAGCACCGAAUCAGUGGUAUAUGGCGGAAGAAUCAGAAGUUGCGAGCCAAUUUUGAAGCUGGAAUUUUGCAGGUUGAAAUUCCUGAUCAUCACAAUGAGCCGGAUUUUCCAUAAUAAUCAAUAGAACAAUUGUGCUUCUUGGUGAAGAAACUAUCUGUUGACCACAUUCGUCAAAAAUUUGCUUUUUUUUCUCACAUACUGCUUCAGUGGUAAAACUUCACUUUCUGACUUCUCGGCUAAAUGUCAAGAUUGCAAAUGGGUUUUGCUCUAACUGUGAACAUUUGCAAUUAUUUAAAUAGCAUAGCUUUCCCACUGGAAUGGUGUUGCUGUUUUCAUUUAUAGUUGUACUGCAUUCCAGUUUGGUGCUAUUUGGUACUGAGAUAUUCAGCAGAUAGAGGCAGCACCUUCUGGCCAUCAACACGGAUUAUAUGAUUCAUUCUCUGUGCAUGCUAACACUUCUUAGAAUUAUUCUUAUUUUUGGUUUUCUUUAUUACCUUAUUUACGACAGUUUAAAUUUAAUGUAUGACACAUUUCUUUCAUAAAGUUGCUAUUCAUUUUAUGAAAUAUAUUGAAACAACAGUGAAAUAUUCUAUAGAUAGAAAUACAAAUAAGUUUAACAAUAGAUAAUUGACCAAUACAAUACUACUCGUAAGUGUGCAGUGUCAAAACUGCUAUAAAUUUAUAAUUUCACCACAGAAAACAAUAUCUCAUCAAAAGCCUUGCAGAGUUUGCCAAAGACAACUUAUUUUUAACUGAGAACCACUGUAGAAUUCAUAAUAGGCAUGGAUUUACACCGAGUCCUUUCACUGCUCUCAAUUGAACAUGCUCUUGCUCUGAGUUAAGGGACAGAUUUGAUUUCCCAUUUUUUGGGGGGGGGGUGCAGCAAUGAAGUAAAACAUGGAACCUGAAUGUAACCUGAAUUUAGUCAGUGCAGCCAAAUUUAAUCACUGAGGAAUAUGGAAAGCUUAAUGUUUUUGUUAAAGCUACUGUGAAUUCUAUCAUUGCGCAUUGAAAUCUUUCGAAGCAACUUUUGCUUCCAGAUUAGAAUUUAAUAAAUGUUAACCAUCUUCCAACAAACUAAAAGUUGAAGUUUUUAUUAAGUACAGGGAAAAUUAGGCUCCACAACACAAGAACAGUUAUUUAUUUGUAACAUUAAGAGCUAAUAUAAACCCAAAUAUUGAAAGAGUCUUUUCAAAAUCCCAUCCCAAUAGAGAAAGAAGGAUUUUUUUUGUAGUUUAUUGUACUUAAAGUGACACUGUUGAUGGAAAGUUUAACUGGUGCAUUAGAAAUUUCGAUUCAUAUGGAAUCCUGAACCAGAAAUGAGACUCAACGUGGCUCAUUGGGGUCAGAUGAAGAAAUAGACACCAAGCCAAGGAGAAAAUGCCAGGAAGUUGUCUGUAGUUUUUGUAAAAACCAUGGAUUGUAAGAGUUCUAAGUAAGGGAAAGAGAAAGAUUGAUGGGGAGGUGAGGGAUGAAAUUACAAAACAUGGUCAUCAUCAUUAUGUGCCAUGUUGUAUGAAAUGGUUGACCAUGGUCUUGCCCAUGAUUGUUAGCAAUUUUUUCCACAGAAGUGGUUUACCAUUGCCUUCUUCUGGGCAGUGUCUUUACAACUUGGGUGACCCCCAGCCAUUAUCAAAACACUUCAGAGAUUGUCUGCCUGGUGUCAGUGGGUGCAUAACCAGCACUUGUGAUAUAAACCAGCUGCUCAUACGACCAUCCACCAUCUCAUCCCAUGGUCUCAUGUGACCCUGGUCGAGAGGCUAAGCAGAUGCUACACCUUGCCCAACGGUGACCUGCAGGCCUUACACCUCCUUUGGUAGAGAUGUAUCUCCUCCUCGCCUCCCAAACAAAUUACGGUAGCCAUGCAAUUGAAGACACAACUAUCAAUAUGAAUGAAAGGAAGUACAGUAAUUGGGAGUGAAAAGGCAAAUAGAAGGUGAUUGGAGAGUUGGGUAAUCUUAUCAGUAUAAAUGGAAUCGUUUACAGAAAAAAGGGAAGGGUAGGGAUAUAGAGGAAAGAUGAGGCUUUAAAGUUUGGGAAUGGAUCAGUUUGGGAUAUGAAUGUAGGCCAGCACAGGCCUGGGGAAAAUGCCAUUAAGCAAGUCAAUGAAAUCGGUACUAAUAGGCUCAAUCUGUAAUUUUAGCAAUGUGACCAUACCAAUAAGAAAGUUAACUUAUUUUCAUGGUGGAAUGAACAAUUUUUUUUGCAAGGUUUUCUAGAAGUUCAAAAAAAAAGGUUUUCAUGGGUGAUUAAAAUGCAUUAAAUACCAUUCAUGUUUGAUGGUGGGAGUAUUCCUUUAUCUAAUGUUUUCAACAAUUCUCACUCUGCUUGCAACUCGGAGAUUGGAUUAUACUGUACCUGCAGAACACUAAGAUUGCUGCAAGUGAGGAAGGCUGAGGUAAUAAACUAUAGUUAAGUUUGGAAACAAGCCUGGUUGGAACACAGGAUCAGAGUUUUGUUGAAUAUAGAAUUCCAGAUGAAAAAGUUUUAUUAUCCUUUACAGUUUGCAGAUUUUGCAUUUCUCCCCGGAGAUGAGGUGCCUUGGCAGAAUAUGGCUUCUUGGUUGAGAGGGGUUCCUCCAACACCCUACCUAUGUGCCUAUACUUCUUAUCAUCUCUGCUGGUCCCAUCUGAUUUUCAAAUGCUAUUUACUUUUGGUGAACUCCAGCAAUUGUCAGGGGCAAGCUCUCUGCCAAUUUUCCCCAGCUUCAGGAGACCCUGGUCUAUUGUGAACCCCUGCUAGGUCCAAGAAGGUUCAAACCUGAUGCAGCUUGCCAUGUGUUGCAUAACAUGUAACCUACAGGAAAAAAAAAUGAUUUCAAUGUAUAAAAGAUUGUUUUAAUUAUCUAGGAUGAAAUAUUUUUCAAAAGAAUAUAUAGUAGAAGCAAUAUUAAAUGCUUCAAAUUUAUCCAAAAAUUAACAAUGUCAGUCAUAUUUUGUACAAAAAUACUUUGAAAUAUGAAAGUUAUUUCAUGUAGUUUGGGUCAGCUGGCUGUAAUAAACAUUUUUCUAUUAACAUGCAAGUAAAAUAUAUCUAUU